AUGAUGAUCUUGCUCACUGUUAUCCUCUGUUUCUUUGCCCCUUAUGUCUCUCCGCGAGCUGGAGUUAACGACCAGAUUGCGUUUCUGCAAUCUUCCAACUCAACGCUCCUUCAGUAUCCUACCCAAUUUACACAGGGCAUCAUUCCCAAGGCAAUUCACUCCCACAAUGACUAUUGGCGAGACGUCCCUCUCUUGACCGCGCUCUCGCUAGGUGUCGCCAGCGUGGAGGCCGACGUUUGGCUCGUAAACAAGACACUUUAUGUCGGACACGAGGAAGCGGCCUUAACCAAGGACCGAACCUUGGAUUCUUUAUACAUUCGGCCCUUGCUGAGUAUCCUGGAUCUUCAGAAUCCCAGCACCGAUUUUCAGGUUAAUGAAGGGCGCCCCAAUUGGCAUCACGCAAGUGGUGUGUUUGACACAUCCAGUAGCACUGCUCUGCAGCUGUUCAUCGACAUCAAGACCGACGGUACAGAUAUCGUAAGAGCCCUUCCCGUGAUCCUGGAGACUCUAGCACCAUUGCGGAGGAAAGGUUAUCUCACGACAUUCUCGAAUGGAACGUUGAUCAAGUCAGCAGUCACUGUCAUUGGGACUGGUAACACACUUCUAGAUGGCGUUUUAGCGUUGUCCCCGCGCGACUACUUCUUCGACGCGCCACUGGCUGAACUCUCUACAACCGAAACGUUGUGGAAUGAUACGAUUUCCCCUGUAGCAAGUACCGAUUAUGAGGUGGCUGUGGGAUGGAAUGGUAUUGGCAACAUUACCGAAGCUCAACUAGCCAACCUCACCCAAUUUGUGAAUGACGCACACGAGCGUGGCAUUACUGCGAGGUAUUGGGACACUCCUGGCUGGCCAAUACUGGUUCGCAACAACGUAUGGAAGGAGUUGUUGAAUGCCGGGGCUGAUUGGCUCAACGCUGAUGAUCUGGAGGCUGCAAUCCUGAAACGACACUUCAAGCCAGUCCCGGACCAACCAGCUUGCCACAUUGCUGUCAGCUCCGUUGAACUUGUCCUCACACCUGUUGGUCGUGCUGGAUGCACCCUCGCGCGUCUUGGAGCUCGUCUACCAGGAUUUCCUCCUCGCUUCCUUUUCUCACCCUCUCUUCUUCUGGCUAGAGCAAAUCUUGGGUCCCGUGGUUCCCCUGAGUUACUCUAUUCGUGA